AUGUCAGGAGCUACCACCGUCUCGUCCGGAGACUGCAGCCUCCGUCUCCCGACUCCGACGCUCGACGCAGAGUCCCGAUCCCUGUUGCAAUCAAUCUCUGCUCAAGGCGGCUACGCCUAUGCUCGCAUGGCGGCGCUAGCGGCGGCCGGUGACCAACGCGCGGCCGAGGCGGCGCGUGAUAUGGCCUGGGAGCAACUUCACUCAGGUCCGUGGCACUCUGUUCUCCCAGUCUGGCGCGACGCUUACUCAAUGGCUUGCCUCCACGUCGCCAACUUCCACUUCGCCGCCGGCGAGUUCGGGGAAGCCCUCGGGGCCCUCGAUAUGGGUCUCAUCAUGGGAGGGAUGCUUCUCCGCAAAGACCUCCACGAUUCUGUUCUGCUGGUCUCCUCUGAAUCCCGUAAGAAGGCCAAUAGUCUAGAAGCUUCUGGCGAUUUCAAGGGUCAGAAAUUGGUCCCGGAAGUUCCCGUCGACGUCAAUGAGGUGCUUAAGAUUCUACCUUGCAGGUCCUUGACGUCUCGAAGAGUAGAGAAGAGGUCCGGUUUAUCAAUGGAGGGGUUUCUGCGUGAUUAUUUCCAAUCAGGUACACCAGUUGUGAUAACCAAUUGUAUGGCUCAUUGGCCAGCCAGGGCCAAGUGGAAUCACUUGGACUAUCUCAAUGCUGUUGCUGGUAAUCGAACCGUUCCCGUCGAGGUGGGGAAAAACUAUUUGUGUACGGACUGGAAGCAAGAGCUUGUGACAUUUUCAAAGUUCCUUGAACGGAUUCGUACCACUAAACCUUCUUCUUCCGUGGAACCUACUUAUCUUGCUCAACAUCCCUUGUUUGAUCAGAUAAAUGAACUGAGAGAUGAUAUAUGUAUUCCUGAUUACUGUUUUGUCGGUGGCGGAGAAAUUCAAUCACUUAAUGCGUGGUUUGGCCCUGCUGGGACAGUUACUCCUUUACACCAUGAUCCACAUCAUAAUAUUCUUGCUCAGGUUGUUGGGAAGAAGUAUAUAAGGCUUUACUCAUCCUCAGUGCAAGACGAACUUUACCCUUACUCUGAGACAAUGCUCUGUAACUCUAGCCAGGUUGAUCUUGACAACAUCGACAACACUGAGUUCCCAAAAGCAGAGGAGCUAGAGUUUAUGGAUUGCAUCUUGGAGGAAGGCGAAAUGCUGUACAUACCUCCUAAAUGGUGGCAUUAUGUGAGGUCCUUAACAAUGAGUUUCUCGGUUAGCUUCUGGUGGAGCAAAGAAACAGAUUCUUCUUCUUCUGGCUAG